CUAAAUAAGAGAUAUAAGAGACGUCUUUUAGCUUUUAACGAGACGUCUUUUAGUUUUUAACUAAAAAAAAUUAAGAGACGUCUUCUCUUAUAUUAGCUAAGAGACUUUCCCUAAGAGACCUGCAUUAAUCAUGCCCUAAGGAUUUAAUGCUAUGUGAUAAGUUAGAAACGGAUUUGAGUCUCACUCUAAGGCUGUGAAGUAAACUCUAGAAUGUGUGUUAUGUGGACUAGAGAGUAUGAUCUUAGUCUUCAUUGUUUUGAUUAUAGACUUUCUUCUUGCAGUGAAAUCACAUAGAGUCUUCUUGCGUUGAUUGAUGAGAUUAUUUGCUUCCACAUUGUUCUUCUUGUAACUUUCUUUAUGUUUUUUUGAAUGGUGACUUUGUUUCUAGCUCCUUCACGCAUGGCGAGCAAUACUUUGAAAGAUUUGAAUACUCUUCCUGUAACUGAGAAGAUGAGUGAAUGUAAACCAAGCUUAACCAAGCCUUGUGUUGGGAAAAUUAAUGGAAAGUCUGAAGACAGACCUCUACCAAGCUCUGCUGUUACUUUGGAUCCUAGUGUUGUGGAAACAGAGAAACCUGAGGCAGAGAAAGCUGCCGUGGAAGUUGAGUAUAUUGAAUCUGAGAACUUGGAUGAUGUUGAAGAUGCUGAUGCAGUUCUCAAGACGGUUGUAGCUGGUCUUGACUCCAAGGAUUGGGUAUCAGUCUGUGAUGCUCUUAACAACGUUCGUCGGCUUUCAAUAUUCCACAAAGAAGCAAUGCUGCAUAUGCUAGAAAAAGUGAUCCCACUAGUUGUGAAAUCACUGAAAAAUCCAAGAAGCGCGGUGUGUAAAACCGCAUGCAUGACAUCUGCAGACAUCUUCAGCGCGUAUAACAACGAUAUAACAGAUCUGUUGGAUUCUCUCCUUACUCAACUCCUCCUCAAGUCUUCCCAAGAUAAAAGGUUUGUCUGCGAGGCAGCAGAGAAAGCUUUAACAUCAAUGACCAAAUACGUUUCCCCAACUUUGCUGUUACCAAAGCUGCAACCUUGUCUCAAGAACAGGAAUCCUCGGAUCCGUGCAAAAGCAUCGUUGUGCUUUUCCAGAAGUGUUCCCCGAUUGGGCGUUGAAGGUAUUAAAGAAUAUGGAAUCGACAAAUUGGUUCAAGCAGCCGCGUCUCAGCUUACCGAUCAGCUCCCUGAAUCCCGCGAGGCUGCACGUACCGUCCUACUAGAACUUCAGUCCGUUUAUGAAAAAGCUCAUCCUAUCGUCAAAGACGAGACAUCAUCACCAUCAUCGUUGCCAGAGGAAGAGCAAACCCCGGAGGCAGUUACUUGGGAAAUGUUCUGUCAGUCGAAGCUGUCGGCUCUAAGCGCACAAGCCGUGCUUCGUGUCACCAAUAUCGUGGCAGUGCCUGCUCGGGAGGGUUUGGUUACUGCAGGUUCAUCUUCUUCAUCACAGCUAUAAGCCUUCUCUACUACAUUUUGCAUUUUAUUAAAACGUUCGCUAUGGAUCAUACGGUACAUGGUAUUCUCCGGCUAUGAUCUAGCACAUUGGCAAGUUAUGGACCGGUAAAAAGAGUGAAACCCGGUUAUUAAAAAUCUUUGGUUAUUUUUCCUUUUGUGAGUGAGAUUAUUUUCUCAUCAGUCUUCAUGAGUGACCUUUUUCUUAUGUGUAUAUAUCUAUACCAAGAUUUGGUAAGAUGGUCUUAGUCUUUUGGUUUAAUGCAAUUGGUCGGUUUCUUUGACGA